AGCCUUUCUCUUACCACCUGCUCCUCCUUCCCAGAACAGCUCCAAAGGGAACAGGUGGUAAGCAUUUUGAGAUCUUCAGAGAAGGACAGGGUUGCUGUAACCACAGAGCAUUAGAACUGGAAGGGGCCCAAGGGAUGAUGUAGCCUGUCCCUUGUACCCCACUCCUCACACUGGCCCUGGGAGGCAGCAGCCUCCGAUCAAGGGGGAGGCUGGCCCCUAAUUGUUACACUCUGCCGUGAUUAUGAAGUCAGCUCAUUGCACCCCCAGCCCACGCAAACUAAGGGUGGGUCCACUGCCCCCAGUUUCUCUCUGCUUCCUGUCAGCUGUGUGGUGACGGCUGCGGUCCCAAAACAGACAAGAUGGCAUCAAAGGCACUGUGUAAAGUGGGAGAUGGGGGGGAGGCCAUGCUGAAGAAGGAAAACCUCAAUGUUCUGAAUGCACUCUAUCAAAUGUCUAAGCCUUUUCCAAACCCCAAGUCUAUGAACAGGACCGUCACUACCAAAGGACUCCCACUUUCCACAAGAGGCAGUUUGGUUAACUUCUUGGAGGAAGAUACCAUCAAUCUACCGAAGCCGAUGCCAGUGGAGGAUUCUGAAUGCAGCUCUGACGACACCAGCAUCUCCCCACUCUCAUCCACCUUGUUGAAUCCCAUCAAACUGGCUGUGACCCAGCCCAACAGCAGCUUCUUUGCAGGGAUGCUAGAGGGGGAGCUGAACAAACUCAGCCUCUCCUCGAUGGGCAACGACACACACAAGAGGGACCUGGCUCUCUGCCCCCGUCCAUCGAAGUCCCAAAUAGUCCCUGGGGGCCUGCUGGACCUUGACAACCCUGAGCUGGACACAGACACUUCCUCAACACCCUCAGAGUCCUCUGUGGUCAUGGAUGUGCCGGAGGCACCCUUCAUCUGCGAACACACAGUCAGCGACUCCACGGCUGUGAUUUCCUGGACGUAUUCCCUGGGCAAGCAGCAGGUCAGUUUCUACCAGGUCCUGUUGCAGGAGGUGGUCAAGACAAAAGACAAUGAGCCGCCCAAGACAAAGAAUCACCCGUGGAUCUUCAACAAGAUCUUGGGCACCACUGUCAAGCUGAUGGAGCUGAAGCCUAACACGAGUUACUGCCUCACCGUCCGUGCGGCCAACACAGCCGGGUUUGCAACCGUGGCCACUGACUUGAACAGCUUCCCCGAGAACAACCCCAUCCAGAUCACUGUGCAGCGCAAGGAACCCCAGCGGAAAACCGUCUCCAUCGGGUUGGAGGAGAUGCGGAAGCUGGAAGAUCUGGAAUACCUAUUUCCCUACUAAGGAGGGCCCCGGGAAGCCCCUCACCUAUCUUCAGCUUCAGCCUCAGCCCAGGGCUCUCAGGAACUAGAAUCGUGAGAUGUACCACCAGCACCAUGCCAGGGAACUGCUGACCACCCUGCCCGGAGCCUGGUAGUGAUGCUCCCAAAUCUCCACUCCUGGGCCCGGGCCUAGGCUAGAUAGGAGCUCCAUUCACCUGGAGACGCCACAGGCCAGGUCAGGUCAGCUACUGCCUACAGCUGCUCGGCAUCCUCCUCCCCAGAUCUGGGCUGGGUCCAGUCCCUUAUUAAAGCACUGCAGGUCACCAAGCA